UUUUCCCUUUCAUUACAUACAUAGAUUUUAGUCAACUCUUUAAUCAAGAUACAACUAUAUAUGUAUAUGAAUAUGAACUUUCCUAUUUUCUCAAUUUUGGUUCUUGUGUUGCUCGUUGUUGCUUCGCCGUGUCAUUGCCAAGACGGGUAUGUUUGUACAAGGGCUACAUAUUACGGAAGCCCAGAAUGUCCUGGGAAUCCUCAUGGAGCAUGUGGUUAUGGAGAAUAUGCGACAAUAGUGAACGACGGUCUAACUGCCGGGGUGUCGAGACUUUACAAGAAUGGAUCGGGCUGUGGUGCCUGCUACCAGGUUAGGUGCACGAUCCCGACACAUUGUAGCAAAGAGGGGACAAAUAUCGUGGUGACAGAUUUUGCCAUUGGGCAUUACACUGACUUUGUACUAAAUGCUCGCGCCUACGCCAGUUUGGCGCUCCCAAACAUGGCUUCUGAGCUCAUUGCCUAUGGUGUGAUCGAUGUUGAGUACCGAAGAAUCCCUUGCAAGUAUAGCUAUAAUCUCAAGCUCAAAGUUCACGAGCGUAGUAGCUUCCCGAGCUACAUUGCCAUUUUCCCUAUAUACCAAGCGGGGUUUUACGAUAUUGUUGCCGCUCAAGUGUGGCUGGAGGAUUGCAAGGAAUGGAGGGAUAUGCGACGAGUGUUCGGUACAGUAUGGGAUAUGGAAAAUCCUCCGAGAGGGGCAUUGACGAUAAGGAUACAAGUGGUUAGCGCGAUCAACGGUGAAGUAAAGUGGGUGCAGCUUGUCGGCGUCAUUCCUACUGAAUGGAAGGCGGGAUUAGCAUACGAUACGGCAAUCCAGUUCGACUAAUUAUUAUAUACAUACAUAUCUAUAUGGGUGCAAUUUAUGAUAUUUCUAAAGAAUGCAUAGAUACCUAUAUAUAUAUAUAUAAAUGUAGUAUUGUAUUUUAGCAUAAAUGUAUACAAUAACUUGUGUAAAUCUUAUUGUAUACUUCUCCUUUGUGUUUGUCAAAAAAAUGUGCAUAAAAUCCUUGUAUUUGUGCACAAAAUUUUUUGCUGACACGAAUGUGAGUUAUAAAAUAAAA